AUGGACAAGCCGAUGACCGCGUCGCCAUCCAAGGCGAGCGUUCGUGCGACGACGGCGCCGACACCACCGACGCGGAAGCUUGCGCCGACGGUAAAAGAGAUCAAGGCCCGACUCCCGGACAUUCCGCUCGACUUUUCGUUCAUGAACCUCAACUCCAUCCUCGACAUUGUCAAGGAGGACCCGAUAUCGGGGCGGAAGCGACUCACGACCGACGACGCGGGCAAAGUGGUCCACAAGAAAACGGCGGCCAAAAUCGUCGGCGGCGAGGCGUACACACCGCCCGUCUCGAUUCGACUCAACGACAAUGGCUUGACAUCGAUCGACGACCUCGACGCCGCGCUAAGUGGCGUGUUUGAAGACCCGACGCGCCUCCAGUGGAUCGACCUCAGCGGCAACGCGAUUGCGCAGCUUCCAAAGACUGUCUUUGCUCGUUACACGCAACUCUCGACCUUGCAUCUGCAUGCGAACAAGCUCUGCGCGUACGCCGACAUUGACGCGCUCUUUUGCCUCGUGCAUUUGCGCCAGCUCACGCUCCACGGCAACCCCGUGGACGAGAAGAAGCACUACCGCGUCUACACGAUCUACCACAUGCCGUCGCUCGUGCAGCUCGACUACAGCACCAUCACGCAGUGCGAGCGCGAGCGGUCCGAGACGUGGGCCGUCACGUACCGCAAGCAGCUCGCGAUACGAAGGGGCGAGCAGGUCGACGACAUGUGA